AUGGCCAAUGAGAUGCCUAAAGAUUUGGGCAUCCCCCGAUGGACUGCAAACGCAAUGUUCAACCAAACCUCUGUAACUGAAUUCCUCCUGGACUUUUCUGACAGCCAGGAGCUGCAGCCUUUAAUUUUUGCCAUCUUUCUAGCAGCGUACCUGGCAGCUCUGAUAGGAAAUCUACUUGUGAUCAUGCUGGUGGCCCUCGACCACCACCUUCACACUCCCAUGUACUUCUUCCUGAUGAAUUUGUCCAUCCUAGACCUUGGAACCAUCUCUGUCACUGUUCCCAAAUCCAUGGCUAAUUCCCUGUGGAACACCAGGUCCAUUCCCUACGCUGGAUGUGUUGCCCAAGUUUUCUUCUUUUUCUUUUUUGCUACAGCCAACUUUGCCUCCCUCACCAUCAUGGCAUAUGAUCGAUGCAUUGCCAUCUGCAAACCAUUGCACUACGAGACCAUAAUGAACAGAAGAGCUUGCGUCCAGAUGGCAGUCAGUGCAUGGGUCAGUGCCAUUCUCUACUCCUCACUGCACACUGGUAACACUUUUCGGUUACCUUUCUGCCACUCCAACAUCAUUAACAAGUUUUUCUGUGAUAUCCCCCAGUUGCUCCAGCUCUCCUGCUCUGACUCAUAUCUCAGUGAAGUUUGGCUUCUUGUCUUUGGUACGUGUUUAUAUUUCAGUUGUUUUCUUUUCAUCAUUGUAUCAUAUGUUCAGAUCUUCAGUGUGGUACUGAGAAUCCCUUCCAAGCAGGGCCGGCAGAAAGCCUUCUCCACCUGCAUUCCUCACCUGCUUGUGGUCUCUUUGCUUAUUUUCACUGCCGCAAUUGCAUACACGAAGCCCACAUCCAACUCCCCAUCAGCUCUGGAUCUCAUGGUGACUGUUAUGUAUGCUGUACUGCCUUCAAUGGCCAAUCCCAUCAUCUACAGCAUAAGAAACAAGGAAAUCAAAGCUGCCCUUGGGAAAUUUAUUGGACGCAAAUUAUUCACUUGGAAGAAAGUGUCCAUCUUUUUCUAA